AUGAUAGAAAGAAUUAAAGAAAACUUUAGAAAGAAUCAUAGAUCACUGUUUAUGGUCGAGAAUAAAGAUUUAACUGAAAAGAUUUAUGAGUUGUAUGAAAUGUUUAGAGUUUGUUUUGGUAUUGAAAGUGAAGUUAGAAAACUUAUUGUGAAAACUAACAAUUUGAAAUAUCUAAAUGAUUUGAGUUUAAAACAAUUGGGAAAGACAGUUGAUUUUCUUAUUAUAGAACAAUUUACUGAUUUACCACCUAAUACCUUAUUAAGAUUUUUAGAAACGGUGGCUGGUAAAGGGUUUAUUAUAUUACUAAGUGAUGAGUUAAAUUUAGGAAAUUUUAACAUCAGAGCAAUAAGAAUGCUUAAAGAGAAAGCUUUUAUUGUUAAAGAUGUUUUUUUAUUAGAUAAAAUUAUGAAAAGUAUAAGUUAUGAAAAAAAUUUUUUAAUAGAUAAUUAUAAUAAAGAAUUAAAAUUAACAGAAGAUCAAGAUAAAAUAUUGAAAAACAUAGUUAAAAUAUUAAAACCAAACUGUAAAGGUUUUGCUUCUAUAUUGGCAUCAAGAGGAAGAGGAAAAACUGUUGUGUUAGUUAGCUAG